CACAAAUAUCCAAAUCGAUUAGAAUAGACUAUAGGGAUAGUUGAUAGUUGUAGGAAAGCUCCACCGGAACUUGGGCUGGGGUAAGAACUUAAAGAAUGCCAACUUGCCGAUCCCAAUCAGAUCAAUUUCUCCUUCAGAUCUAAAUUAAAGUUCUCUUCUCCUUCCCCCUUGAUUUUGCUUGACUAUGGGGUUGGUAGGAGGCGCCCAAGAAAAUGGGGCUGCGGGCAUGGGAUUGUCAGGCAAGAACAAUAAGUACAGGAGAAUGGACAGUCAGCCGACACAGGACGACGACGACGAUGAUUUUGACGAAGAUUACGAUGCCGCCGACCACCGACGCCAGAUGGAGAGGCGGAAGGUUACCAGGAAAUAUGUCUUUGCCUGUUCGGUAUUCGCAUCGCUCAACAGUGUCCUCCUCGGCUAUGAUGUCGGAGUUAUGAGCGGAGCCAUCUUAUUUAUCCACGAAGAUCUGAAGAUAACAGAGGUGCAGGAAGAGAUUCUUGUCGGAAUCUUGAGUGUUAUGUCCCUUUUGGGCAGUUUAGGGGGAGGAAGAACAUCGGACGCCAUUGGAAGAAAAUGGACAAUGGGGCUGGCCGCCAUUGUGUUCCAAGCCGGCGCUGCGGUAAUGACGAUCGCCCCGUCAUUCGGCGUCCUAAUGAUCGGAAGAAUCCUCGCCGGCAUCGGAAUUGGAUUUGGCGUCAUGAUCGCGCCGGUUUACAUAGCGGAGAUAUCGCCGACAGCCGCUCGAGGCUCACUCACGUCGUUCCCGGAGAUCUUCAUUAAUCUCGGGAUCCUCCUCGGCUACGUUUCGAAUUACGCCUUCUCGGGGCUUCCCGCGCACGUCAACUGGCGAAUAAUGCUCGCCGUGGGAAUCCUUCCGUCCAUUUUCAUCGCAGUUGCUCUGUUUAUAAUCCCCGAAUCUCCGCGAUGGCUGGUGAUGCAAAAUCGAGUAGACGAAGCGCGACAAGUGCUUCUAAAAACGAACGAAAACGAAGCCGAGGUCGAUGAAAGGCUCGCCGAAAUACAAUUAGCUGCAGGAUUCGACGGCGAUAGCAAACUCGAGGAAAAAAGCGUCUGGCGUGAGCUUCUUAAUCCUUCGCCGGCCCUCCGCAGGAUGCUCGUUACCGGUUUCGGUAUCCAAUGCUUCCAACAAAUCACGGGGAUCGAUGCGACAGUAUACUACAGUCCCGAGAUCUUCAAAGCUGCCGGCAUUGUCGAUAACUCGAAGCUUCUUGCAGCUACCGUCGCUGUGGGAGUGACAAAGACGUUAUUCAUCUUGAUCCCUAUCGUUCUCAUCGACAAAGUCGGGAGAAAGCCUCUGCUGUAUAUGAGCACGAUCGGGAUGACGAUAUGCCUGUUUAGCAUCGGCGCGACACUCUCGUUCAUCGGACCGGGAUCAAUAGGGAUUGCAUUGGCGCUGCUUUCGGUUUGCGGCAAUGUUGCGUUCUUUUCCGUCGGCAUGGGUCCGGUUUGUUGGGUUGUUACGUCGGAAAUCUUCCCAUUGAGGGUCCGAGCGCAGGCGUCGGCUCUCGGGGCCGUGGGGAACCGAGUGUGCAGCGGGCUAAUUGCCAUGUCGUUCCUUUCGAUGUCGAAAGCGAUAACGGUUGGCGGGGCGUUCUUUAUCUUUUCGGUCAUUUCUGCACUCUCGGUGGCGUUUGCAUACAAAUUUGUGCCAGAGACGAAAGGGAAGUCGCUGGAGCAGAUCGAGGUGUUGUUUCGGGAUGGAUAUGAGCUGCAGGGAAGUGAAGUUCAGCUCGGAGAUGUACAACAUUUGGUGUCCAAAGAAUGAA